CAGAGGUGUUAAAGGGCCACUCUAUCUUGAAUGGUCCCUUAAAAUACAAGUGCUAACUACUAUACUCAACAUGUUGCACGUAGCUGAGCGGCUGCAGGCUGGGAGACAGGGGAGUACCUUUCCCAGCCCUAAGAGCUCCGUGCAGCUCCAAAGCAUGUCUCUCCCACCAACAGAAGUUGUGCCAAUAAAAGUGAUGAUCUCACCCACCUUCUUUUUGGCUCUAUUAUUGUUCUCAGUGCCAGGAGCGCUGGAAGCCCCCCGUGGUUAAUAGCAGGCACUCAGGGAACCCCUUGGCACGGGGCAGGCGAGACCCCUGGCGUGCUCAGCACAGCGGGCAUGCCCAGGGCCAGCUGGACACGAGGUACCGGGUGGCAAUGCGGGACACUCCCCCUUGCCCCGGGGUAUGCCGAGCGCCCAGGCCCUGCCCCAUGGCCCCUGGCCCGUGCCAGGCUGGGACCCUCCCCGCCGCGGCUCGGGCCGAGGAAGAGCCGGGGUGCGGUGCUGGGCGGAGGAGCGGCGGGGACAGGUCUGAGCAGAGCCCGGCGCGGGGAGGGAGGCGCAGCCGGCGCCCGCAGGGGGUAGGAGGGAGCCGCGGCGGGGCACGGAGCGCAGCGGAGCCGCGGCCCCGGAGCCCUGCGAUCCCCGCCCCGCAGGCGGAGCCCCCUGCCCGCCGGGGCCGAGCGCAGGGACAGGAGCCCGCAGGCCGCUCCCGGGAGCCGUCCAGGCCCGGAGAGCGCGGAGCCCUGUCCGCACCCCAUGAGGCUCCCCCCGGCGGCGGCGCCCUGACCUCCGGAUCCGCCCCGAUGUCGGGUCCCCGGGGCGCCCUGCAGGCCUGGUGCCGCCGCCAGUGCGAGGGCUACCCCGGCGUGGAGAUCCGCGACCUCAGCAGCUCCUUCCGCGACGGCCUGGCCUUCUGCGCCAUCCUGCACCGGCACCGGCCCGACCUGCUAGAUUUUGAUUCACUCUCCAAGGACAAUGUCUACGAGAACAACCACCUGGCCUUUGAGUUGGCAGAGCGGGAGCUGGGGAUCCCCGCCCUGCUGGAUCCCAACGAUAUGGUCUCCAUGAGGGUCCCCGAUUGCCUCAGCAUCAUGACCUACGUGUCUCAGUAUUACAACCAUUUCACCAACCCCAACCAAGCCAGAGUCCCUCCGCCCAUGAGGCACCCGGCUGCUGCCUCGUCACCCCCUCUGCCAGCUCCCAAGAAGCCCAUCCCUGCAGCGGGGAGCACCACGGCACCACAGGAUGAUGUUGUCGAAGGCCUGGUGGAGCGGUCCCAGCGCAACACACUCAGCAGCACCUGCGCAGCCUGCCACCAGCACGUCCACCUGGUUCAGCGCUACCUGGCUGACGGCAAACUGUACCACCGCCAGUGUUUCAGGUGUAAGGAAUGUUCCAGCACACUACUCCCUGGAUCCUACAAACCUGGGCCGGAGUCGGGCACUUUUGUGUGCACCCAGCACCGGGGCAAGCUGGGCCUGAGUGGGAGGACGGAGUGCAGGCCCAGCCCUGAUUUGCAGCACCCGGGCAAGAGGACUGAGGCUGGGGCAGCCACUGUGGGUGAGGAUGCCCCCCCCUCGGAGGAGGAGGAGGAAGGGAAAGAGGACGGUGUCCAAACAUCCAUGGCGAUUGCAUCAGAGAGCCACCCACCAGGAGAGAAGGAGACAGGUGCAGCAGAGAAGGGUCGUGCACCCAUUGGAGUGGAGACGGCAGCGUCCCCUGUCCGUGCAGAGAAUGAAACACCCAGCUCUGAGCCCUGCUCCCAAACUCCACCCAGGCCUCCUCUCCCCAGCAAACCACCAGUGCCCAGCCAGGACAAAGCCAGCCCACUGGACGGACGGCUCAAGGACACUCGUCCCACCCCUGCCCCGAGGAGGGGCGCAGACGCAGCAGCCCCGUCACCACCAAGCUCUCACCCCGUCCCUCGGCCUAGAUCCAACGUGCAGAGUGAGGCCUCUGAGCCAGGGCCUGGCCUGGUGAAUGGUAGGGUACCUGAACCCGGCCCCCCAGUCCCCAAACCGAGAGGGAGACCCACCUCCUCAGAUCGAGUGGGAGCUGCUGUGAGACCAAAGGACCCUCCAUGGAUUGCGUUGGUUCAGCCAGAGCCCAAGAGGAAGCCGGCUCCUCCCCCACCAGGCAGUGGCCAGGAGACUCCCACGAGGGCUUCAGAGGAAGAGGAGGAGCAGGGGAAAGGGAGGGAAAGGGAGAGCAGAUCCGCCAGCAGGGAGCCGAAAGCCUACAACCCCUUUGAGGAGGAGGAGGAAGAAGAGGAAGGUGCAACACCAAAGAGCACGCCAAAGCAGGACCAGAGUGAGAGCACGACAAAACCCACUCAUCCCUGGUACCGCAUCACCCCUACUAGCAGUCCCAAGACAAAGAAACGUCCGGCUCCGCGAGCACCCAGUGCCUCCCCCCUAGUUCACCAUCCCAUCUCCAGGCUCUCGCACUCAGAGCCAUCCUCCUCCACCCCAUCACCUGCCCUCAGCCUUGAGAGCAUCAACUCCGAGUGUUCAGCCAAGGCCGCUGGUGACCCGGAUGAGGUGUCAGUGCCCAAGAGCUCCUCUGAACCCACAGUCCAUGUGCCGGCUGCUUCCAAGAUCUCCUGUGCAGAUACUCCGCUCACCAGUGUCUCCUCCAGUGAGAGCCCUGCAGCCCCAGCCAGCCUGUCCGCCAACUCCUCCUUCUCUUCCUCCAGUGAGCUAGCCAGCUCCAGUGGGGAGGCGCAGGGGGGAGCUCAACAGACCAGCAAGAGCUUUUCUGACAGCAAUUUAAAGACGAGCCCCAGCCAACUGCCCCCCAAGCCUCCUGCCAGUGCUAGUCCCACACCCAUCCUGUUGGCCUCGGACAUGGGUGAAGGAGGCCCCAAGAAUUCCCCAUCGCCCAAGCCGCAGCUGAAGUCUUCAUGCAAAGAGAAUCCCUUCAACCGGAAGUCGUCACCUGUCACCUCCCCCUCGGCCCAGAAACCCCCCAAAGGAUCCAAGCCAGCGCGCCCUCCUGCACCAGGACAUGGCUUCCCGCUGAUCAAACGCAAGGUCCAGGCGGAUCAGUACGUCCCAGUGGAGGAUAUUUACGGAGAGAUGGACACCAUUGAGCAGCGGCUGGACGAGCUGGAGCACCGAGGGGUGGAACUGGAGGAGAAACUCCGCAGUGUCGAAAAUGAUAGCCCUGAGGACAGCCUGCUGGUGGACUGGUUCAAGCUCAUCCACGAGAAGCACAUGCUGGUGCGCCGUGAGUCAGAGCUCAUCUACAUUUUUAAGCAGCAGAACUUGGAGCAGCGUCAGGCUGAUGUAGAGUACGAACUGCGGUGCCUUCUCAAUAAGCCGGCUAAGGACUGGACGGAUGACGACCGAGAGAGGGAGACAGUGCUGAUGCAGGAGCUGGUCACCAUUAUUGAACAACGUAAUGCCAUUGUCAACUGCCUGGAUGAGGACCGGCAAAGAGAGGAAGAGGAGGAUAAAUUGUUGGAAGCCAUGAUUAAAAAGAAAGAAUUUCACAAGGAGUCUGAGGGCAAGAAGAAAGGAAAGUUCAAGCCCAUGAAGGUGCUGAAGCUGCUUGGCAAUAAACAUGAAUCAAAGAGCAAGUCACCCAAGGAGAAAAGCUAGAGCAGGAGAAAGCCAGAAGCAAGGAUGGAUGCACUGCUGUCUGACUGCAUCAGCCCUCCCUGUGGCUGGCUGGAUACCUGCCACUGGGGCUUCUGCCUCCCACUCCCCUCCAGAAGCUGUCUCUCCCCUCUCGUCAACCCCCACAUGCCAACACUGAUUUCUCCCAGGGAAACUUAGCUUUCAGCCACAGACAUGGAGUUGCCCAAAAAAGAGGAGACAUGGCGAGUCUGAUCAACAAUACCCCCCCUUCCUAAGGCUGUGGGGAGCCUGAUCAGAGGAGAAAAGAUACUAUCCACAAGCUUUGGGGAGUGGGGAGGAGGUGAAAUAGCUUUAGGAGAUAUUACCCAGUUGUGUGUUUAUUAUUAUUAUUAACUGUCUGAGCGGUAAGUAAAGGAUUUUGGUAUUUGUGGGAAACUUGCACUAAUUGCCCCGUCCCUCACUCUAACUGUGAUAGUCACAUGUGCCUCAUACCCUCUGCCUUGGGGGACUGUACACAGUUGUCCCUCCCCAACCGCCACUUCGUUCCCUAGCAGUCUGAAUUCCCACUCUUAACUUUGGUAAAAGACUCUGGGGCUUAUAAACAGGAUUAUUUUAUUGGCACUAAAUUCACAUUAAAAAACUAAACAAAAAGGAAAGAAACCCUAAAAACUUUCCAUGCCUCAAGUUCCUAAAAAAAAAAAAGUAACCACUGUCCUGUUUGUGGAGAGAUUCCCCUCCCCCUGAUGACACACACCCCACGAGCUUCAGGGCUGGGAGGGAUCAAUGACGGGGCCAGGCAGAACGGCUAAGGAAAAGGGAUUACGGGGAGUCCAAUUGGACAUGUCCAAGAUACCCCACCCAGGACAUUUAACCCUCGCUGCAAGACUUUAUUCAGUGCCAGCAAGGUUGUCCUGUUGCCUUGCUCACUAGUGCUGCCCUCUGCCAGCUUGGGGAGUGGGGAGGGAAUCUCAGCUGGCCCUUCUCCAGCUUUGUUUGUAUUUAUAUUUUUAAAAGUGCAAAAGGGGGGAUUUGGGGCUUUU